AUGCUGCAAAAUUGGACAACCCGAGGCGCGAGCCGCUACGCUCGUCGGAUUCUUGUCUUCGUAUUUGUCUGGAGUUUCAUAAUGAUAGCAGCGCUGCAAUUUCGUCAGUCAAUAAAUCAAGUCCUCCAGCCGAGUGAGUCAGUGGGUAUUGAGAGUGCUGUGAAUUAUCCGACAGGAUCAUGGGAUCGUGGAUCUGAUCAACCGUUAUCUUCUUUAUCAGCGUCAUCGGCUACAAGAAAUGGUAAUUCUUCAAUUAUAAAUUUCGCAAGAGAGCCAUACUCGUCGCACCGACGUAAGCCACUGGAUGACGAUCCAGAGUCCCAUCACAAUGACCCAACUGCAGGUGUUUCGUCUUCUAUUGCUGUUUUUAAUCAAAGACUCAAGGAAUUUAAUAACAAAAAACUUUUGCUGGAUGAACGGCCGCCGCGCUCCGAACAGGAACUCAUCAACGAGAUGGAAAAUCAAUUUCCUAGUCUACCUGUAGUCUCGUGGUACAAAAGGAGCACUACGACAACAACAACAUCCACUACUGAACAAACCGGUAAUGAUACCAAGACAAACAAAUUGUGUGUACCUCGUUAUCCGAAUAUUCUCGAGCUCGAGUUCAAUAACAAGUACUGGCAAACAUUGAAAUCAUCCAACGGAACUUUCCAACUUUUUGGAGCCUACUACGAUAUUCGUAAGCUUUCAAAAAUCGGCCCGGCAGUUAGAAUCGUUGGUAUGAUCGACAGAAUUGAACCUAAAAUAAAAACUUACUGCCAAUUGUGGUUCGAUGGAGAAAAAGAACCUCAAGUUGUUGAUGUAUUUGAAUAUAAAUAUAUUUGGUUCAAAAAGUGGGGUAGUUACAAGCAAGGUAUUUAUCAGCCUUACGUGAUUGCGUGUAAAAUACCCCAAUCUCACUGGUCGAAAGAUCCUCCAGCAUCAAUCUCGAUUGUUGAGAAGCCGUGUGAUAUAGCGACUACUAAUUUACGGGUAAUUUACAACAAACCGCCAGAGGGUAAAAAGAAAGAGUUUGCGGUCUGCGUGAAAGGUCUAGAUUUUCUUCAUGAAGAUUUAUCAGUACGGCUGGUCGAGUGGAUCGAGCUAAUAAGUAUUCUAGGCGCUGACAAAAUAUUUUUUUAUGAGCUCCAAGUACAUCCAAACAUCACGAAAGUUUUGGAGUAUUACAAAAAAACAGGACAAGUUGAUGUUACGCCUCUGACGCUUCCUGGUGGGCAGCCGAACAUUCCGACGUUUCAGCACAUUUAUUUGAAAAAAAAGACCAAUCAAAAGCGACAAAAUGAAUUGAUACCCUACAAUGAUUGUCUUUACAAACACAUGUACGAGUACGAGUACAUAGCUCUGCUUGAUAUUGAUGAAGUAAUAAUGCCAAUUAAAGAUUUUACGUGGAGUCAACUUAUGCGACGCGUUUUACCCAAGGCUCUUCGCAUACGCAAUGAAACUCGUGCUUCGUACAACGUCAGAAACGUGUACUUUCUCGAUGACCUUCUACACUCACACGGAUUCUUCGACCACGUGCCGAAGUACAUGCACAUGCUCCAACACGUAUACCGCUCGUCGAACUUCACUAAGCCUAAUGAGUACAUAAAGUGCUUUCAUAAUCCGGAACGUAUUGUCACUGUGCAUAAUCAUUUUCCGCUGGCAUGCCUCGGCUCUGGGUGCACGAGUUACCCCAUCGAGACUGAGGACGCUCAGCUUCAGCACUACAGAGCCGACUGUGUUACCUCGCUGAAGAAAACGUGCCUACAGUAUCGGAAAAACAGCGUCGUAGAUACGCAGAUCUGGAAGUAUAAAGACCAGCUGGUCGAACGUGUCACCAACACCCUGGAGAAGCUCGGAUUCUUCGGGCCAGGAUAA